AUGAAUGCUUGCAAGUUGAAAGAACUAGUGCCAUUAUUUCCGAGAUCAUCCUUUACAGAUGGUGUAGUAAGUACAGGGAAAAGUUUCCGAAGCUGGGAUACUUGUAUGGACAAUAAAGCAUGUAAAAUUAUUGCAAUUGUCGGUAUCGUGUUGGCAAGUAUAGUGGCAAUAUGGCUAAUCGGGGGGCUACUGACUUGUUUUAGACAGGGUGUAACGGGAAUGGGUCAGUUCGUCUGUUGGUGCUGUCGCUGUUCUGAUGACAGAAAUAAAAAUAGUGGAAUGCCUGUAAACGAGGGAUUUAGUAGAGUUAAUAUGAACGCAGUUCCUCCUUCUACUGUUAUCUAUCAGCCUAUUCAACAGCCUGAGAGUGCAUAUUAUAAAAACGAUGCGAAAAACGACGCAUUUUACGAUGAAGUCAAAAGUCCCAGUAACGAGGUUUAUGAAUUAGAGGAAGAUUUCGAUUUAGAGAAGCAGAAGGAAAAGACUAGAAGGAAACAAAGAAAUCUGGAGGGUCAAAAUCCUAGCGGAUUAACACCGCUGGUAUACGACGAAGAGACUUUUGAACAUAAUAGCCCUCAAGCUCAAUACAAUGCAAGAAGUUCAUUCAUUCAAAAUGCUGCUGAUACCAAUAACAAUAACAACACUCACCAUACCCCGCAGUCUCCCAUGUUUGAUAUCAAUGAUUAUGGUGAGAACUAUUACUAUGGCAACAACAAUAGUAAUACUAAGAACCUUCAGGGAAGCAGCUACAAUACACACUCCUCCGACCACAGAAGUCCGUAUCCGACCGAAAGUUAUCAACCCUAUCAAGGAUACAAUGCAAGCCAAAACGAGAGACAUUACUGA